AUGGCAACCGACACCUCUUCCCAACUUCCCGCGCCUAAGCGCAUCGUCACAGCGUACGACGACGCUGGAAAGAGCGUCAUCCAGAAGAUCGAUACUCUCCAGUUGAAGCCCUACCCCAACUCGAAGUCAGGCUACAGAGAUGCCUGGACGUUUGAUAAGGUCCCGACGAACGACAACAACCUCUCGAUUGAUGGUUCUGAGCGCACUAUCACUGGACCUGGCUUGAGCAUCGUACAUGCAGGCGGCGUGAGAUGCUUCUUCAACGACCUCGCGCCGGGCAUGACGAAGCCGAGUCCGAUGCACAGGACGAUGUCGACCGACGUAGAUGUGCUCAUCUCCGGCCAAGUCUUCCUGAUCAUGGAAGAUGGGACCGAGACGCUCCUUGACAAGCCGGGUGAUAGCAUCGUACAGCGAGGAACGGCUCAUGCGUGGCGCAACCCAAGUACGACGGAGUGGGUGCGCUUCAUGUCUGUCGUAGUGGAUGCCGAGCCUGUCGUCGUCGAUGGGAAGGCGCUGAAGAACGAGUUCCUACAUGCUUGA